CGUCGCGCCACAGGUUCCCAUCGUGGCGAUGACGUCGAACAUCCGGCAGGAAGACAUCCAAACCUACUUCCAAUUUGGUAAGUUCGACCUACCGCUAUGUCAGCCACCGAACCCCUCUAACCAUUGACCAGGAAUGAACGACGUGCUCGCCAAACCCUUCACUCGGGACGGCAUGGCCCGCAUCCUCCGCAAGCACCUCGUCCGCAUGCUCAAAGACCCGCAAGCCGCCGGCCUGGCCGAUGACCUGAGCCAAACGGUAGCCGGCGCGCCCGCUCCGGCUACUCAAGCAGGCUAUGUACCCGCAACCAUGGCGGGUAUGGCCCAGGUCAAGUUCGAGCACACGCCUAUCCAGUCACCGUCCACCGCCUCCUCGUGGCACUCUCCCGGUGGUCAAAUGCACCAGACAUCCCCCAACCUCGACGGCGGCGGGCCUGGCGGCGGGUACAUGGCUGGGCCUGGCGGCGGUAUGGUGCUUACCUCCGGGGCCACGCAGAGGCCGCCGUCACAAACCCCGCACCACCCCCAUCACCAGCCCCAGGCCCGGCCUCAGCAAGGCGGGUACGCCGGGUAUAUGACGGCACAGCAAGUAGCAGGAGCGCAAGUCGCUCAGGCGCAGGCGCAGGCGCAGGCUCAGGCUCAAGCACAAGCACAGGCUCAUGCACAAGCACAAGCACAGGCUCAGGCUCAGGCUCAGGCACAAGCACAGGCACAGGCACAGGCACAGGCGCAAGCACAGGCGCAAGCGAUGAGGGGGAUGGCUGAGAGUGCGCAUAUGGCAGGGCUGCAGGUCGGCGGUGGAGGCGGUGGAGGAGGUGGGGAGGAUCGGCCGGAGAAGAGGCCGCGAUUGUACGGGCCUGUAGCAGGGCAGGGCGGGGGGGGCUAUGUGCAAUAAACAGCGCUCUUGUCGGCUGUCCGCGGCUCUUUGGGAAGAUUCGUAGGAUGAUGAUUUAAAGGUUUUGUCGACUUCAAUCGAAGGCGAUUGUUCGAGAAAGUCGCAUGGCGAGAGAAUCGGAUGGCUACGGGGCUGGGAUCUGGACAGCUUCUGUUACGAGUCGUAUUGGCGUUGGGUUUCGCGUCGGGAGGGUUGGGUUAUCGGU